GCAGUUUUUAUUUUUGAGUUUCAAAGAUCAAAUUUCUUUUUAAGUAUUAAAUCUUGAUAAGAUAUUUUCUAGUUUUCAGCACGUUUUCAGUACACUUGGUUUAGUAAACAUGGCGGCCUCCAUGGCUGUGACAUGUCGUAGCUCGGCUCUGAGGCUAAAUUUAUUCAAAAAGGGGAUAAAUAGUCGGUGUUUUGCUACAAGUUCCUCUAAUAAUGUCAGUGAUGUCAAGCAGGCUGGAGAAACUGAAGCCGAGUAUCCUCCCGUGCUGGAUACGUCAUUCAAAGCUACUAAAGAUCGCGAAACCCAGCAAUGGCACAAGCUCAUCCAAAGCCUUCCAACAGUUCAGGAGAAACAACUUGAACUGAACAUGUCAAGAUAUUAUGGACACUGGGCUUGUCAGCUCUCUCCUCAUGAUGUGCAUUACAACCAUGCAGAAUUUAUCCAGUUUGCAACCAGGACAAAUGUUGUGGAAGCAUGGCCAAAUGUUUACUCUACUCUUGAUGAUGAAGUGAAUAAGUUCCUCCCUGUCCUGAAGAAAAAGGUUGAGGAUAUUCUUCUAUUGGAGCUUUGCCAUAGGCCAAAAGUAGACAGAGUUGAAAGCCGGCAGCAGAAGGAGACCAGUGACAACAUCAUCUGGGCGAUCAACCAUGCUCUGGUCAGCCUGCUGAGUGAUCAGACAGACCACAUAGCUGACUCACAGUCGGACCUGUCGCCGCGGCUGGAGGCCUUCUGGUGGCUGAGCGACGUCCCGGCCGACAGUCGUCAGCGGCACGUGCGCUCGUUUCGCCGGCACAUCCCCGAGGAGGAGCGCAACGACCCGGUGUCGCGGCCGGUCCAGUACGUGGGCCAGCCGGCGCUGCUGGUGCGCGGCCGUCUGCCGCUGCCCGCGCUGGCCGGCGAGGGGGAUCCGGUGGGACACCAGCCGCCGCCACUGGAGAUGAACAGCCGCGAGCCGCGCACCCGACAGUGCGCCUACAAGUUCCGGCACGGCACCAACAUACCCGGCGUGUGGCCGGAGGACGGCCGCCAGUUCGGCCUGGUCAACUGGCUGACCCGGGAACACCUGGUGCGACACGCCACCAAAUACGGCCAGCACGCCGCAGCCGACCGGCCCGACGCCCUGCGCGCUCAGGCUUGUCUCAGCGGCUUCGCGUCAUGCCUCUCGCAGGCGUGCGGCGUGGGCUUCUCGCCGCUGACAGAACUCACGUACCCGCUGACGACACAGACGGUGAUCACUGACGGUCGCACCUGGACCUUCUCGGCGUUUCAGCUGAACACCACCGGCGCGCUGCUGACGCCGGCCGAGCACGGCGCGCCCGGGAACACGUGCUGGGUGCUGCCGGAGAUGCAGCUGUACCAGAGCGUCACAGAAAAGGGGGUGGAAGGGCUCAACGACGAGGUGUUGAAGCGUCUGCUUCAGCUGUACCUGCUGCCGACCGGUGACCGAGACGGCAUCGAGCUGCGACCCUACCUGGACCCAGAGCGGAGUCUCGACGCGGUGGAGGACGAUUGGCUGCGCAACAAGUACCUGCAGACCUACUUCCACAUCAUGUCGUGCCGGCCCCGCAGCCGGCUCAAGGAUGAGGUCUACAUGUGGGAGAAGAUCUACAAGGUCCAGUUCCAGACCCGGCCGAUGGAGGCGCGCAAACGUUUCUUCGAGCUCAACAAGUAUCCGGACAUGAGGAGGCUGGACGAUUUCUACCCGGGCUACAUCCCGCGCGCCCUGAGGCAGAACUUCGUCCCCGCUCGGUUUAAGGCGGCCUCCAAACACGAGAAGAACGUAUUCCACGAGAUGGGCCGGCUGCGGGGACACCGCAACACGGACCCCAAGUUUCUGCAGGAGCUCCAAGAGCUGGAGAGCUGGAGGGACGAGAAAGACAAGUAGAUGUGAGGGAGAGCCAGUGUGGGAGUGGAUGUGAGUCUGGCACGGGCUGGUGUGAGCUCAACACGGGUCUGAGGCCGGCAUGGACUGGUGUGCUUGGCCACAGGUCGCCAGUGCCGAAUUAUGACCGAGUCAGAACGUGUAUGAAUGACGUUAUUAUUCGUAAAUGAGGACAGUAUGAGAGGACGUGAGUGUAGGUGGCGCUUGUGAUCCCUCGGCUUUGCUCGCCAAGGGUCGAAAAGUCGAGCAAUACAUCCAUAUCGAACAUCA